GUUUCCACCAAAUGACGGUGGUUGACUUUGAUAGAAAUUGUACGUUGAAAUUUUGAAAUUAGUCCGACGUCAAUCGAAUUACACCAUGAAUCAGACACUGAGCCGUCUGGUUUUCGUUGGGCGGGCGUUCGCGAACAAUUGCGGACGUCGGAAUGCAUUAGCUCAAAUCUGGCCAAUGUUUUCGUCUUCUUCAGCAUUUCCCUCGCACGUGAACAACGAAAAUCAAAACGCUCACAGCGUAAUGGUCAAAGAUCCUGGGUAUCACGCUACGGUUGUCAAUCCAAAUGUGUCUGCUGUCAACUGGCCAACCGCGAUUACCGCUCAGCAGUACCAUGCGCUCAUCAGCCAGGACUUUAGUGUUAAGACGGCAGACGAGGUACACAAAGCCUUUACAGCAAUCAGCUCGUACGCUGCGGGCAAAGACUACCAACUGACUGAUACAGUGUACAAUGGUCUCCGUGACCGCCUGAUUGGUGUCCUACCACAGAUGACUGACCAACAGCUGCUGUCCAUAUUUACACUCAUACCGUUGUGGGACACCAAAGAUGCCAAGAAUCCUGUCUACCACCGUCUGUGGUCAGAGUUUGACCGACAGUGUAUUGAAAGGCAUAGGCACUGGACUCUUAACAAGCUUUUACUUUUCAUGGACCACUGGUACUUGAUGAGGCUGUCUAGACUGAGCAACUUUGUUUGGAUAGGUGUCAGGAAACUAGCACGUAAGCCAUCAAGGUUGACUCCCAAGCAAUUAGUUCAGAUGAUGUUUUAUGCUAACACGAGUAGAAAGUUUUUGCCAACAUUACCAAUGUAUGAUAUUGAACAAGAAAUAUGUUCUUAUUAUAAUGACUUUAAUAUUAAAGAAUUGGGCAUAGUAUCUUUAGGAUUUUUUAAAACUCAAACACCUAUACGUAAUCAGGAGCUUGUAAAAAAUCUAUACAACUCUGUAAUCAAUGAAAUUGCAAACAUUAAUAGUGUAGAAUUGGCUGCAUUUUUAAAGCUAUUUAGAUAUUGCUCAAAGCACCAGAAUGCCGAUAAUAUGUACAGAUUAAUGGAUGCUCUAAUAAAUAAAGUUGAUGAAGUAAAAUUAGUAUGCUGUGUUCAUAUGGCUCUAUUGGGUACCAAUUUGUUGAUAAAACAUGAAGACCUUUUAAAAAAAAUAUCGCAGCGUAUAGUAGAUGAAAUAUCUCUGGCAAGGAUUAAGGAUUUAGAAAGAGUAACUUUGGCUUUAACUAUGUUGAAUUUUAAUCCACAAACAACACCAUGCAUAUUUAAGAUGAUUGUUAAGGAACUUCAGAGUGAUUCAAGAAAUGUUGAAUUUGAAACACACACUAGAUGUUAUAUUUAUACUUUGUCAUACUUAGCUGUAAACAAUUUUUACCCCAAAGAUUGUAUUUCAAAAGCUUUAAAAAUUGAAACACUUCAUAAAUGUUAUGGAAAAAGAUUAUCCAGAUUUAAUAUACCACGUGAUAUUGUAAGUUUAAACAAUGGUGUGCUUACAGAAUGUCCUGACUAUUCUGGCUCAUUAUUACCAGAUACAUUAAAAGAAUCUUGCAAUGAACAUUUAGCCUGGCAUAUACCUACUUCAACUACUAUGGCUAAAUUAACUGCAAAUGACAAAAACUUUAUUAAACUUUACGAGGAACUUCUAAGCCUAUUCAAAAAUGAGUCAUAUUUACACGUAUGUUACCCUCUUCCUCAUCAUCCAAAACCAGAUAUAUUAUUUUGCAUUGAUACUAAUGGUAAACCAGUACCUAUUCCCGAAACAAUGAAAAAUAGGAUAGCAUUCAAUGAUUUUAAGAAACCACUAGAAUUAGGAAAAUGGUUUGCUGUAAUGACUCUUGUAAGAAAUUCAGUGCUCUAUUAUAGUAAUGAAUAUAAUGGUUUAACAUUGUGUAAAAUCAGACAACUUAAGAAACUUGGUUAUGAACCAAUUUUGUUUACUGUUAAAGAGUUGGGAACUGAUAAUAACUUUGAAACAUUAGUAGCAGAAAAAUUUAAGAGCCAUGGAUUAACUUUUAAUUAAAAAUAUGUACUACUUAGUUUUCAUUUAUAAAUCAUUUAUAAAUACUUUUAAUAAGUUAUUAAUUAGU